AUGAAUGUGGACGCCGAGGCGCCCAGCGGUGAGAUUGACGAGGGACUGUAUUCUCGUCAAUUGUAUGUGCUUGGUAGAGAUGCCAUGAAGAGAAUGGCUCAGUCGAAUGUGUUAAUUGUGGGAUUGAAGGGAUUGGGUGCAGAAAUUGCCAAGAAUGUGACUUUGGCAGGUGUCAAGAGUAUUGCCUUGUACGAUCCAGGUGCAGUGAAGAUUGAAGAUUUGUCGAGUCAGUUCUUUUUAUACGAGAGUGAUGUUGGCAGUGGCAAGAGCCGUGCUGAGCUGACAGCUCCUCGACUCAGCGAACUCAAUCAAUAUGUACCCGUUUCAGUUGUGGAUGGAGAAUUGACUGAGGAUGUGCUAGCUAAAUUCCAGGUGGUGGUAUUGACAAACACAGAUAUCGAGACCCAAGUGAAAAUCAACAGCUUUACACAUGCCAACAACAUCAAUUUCAUUUCCACUGAUAUUCGUGGAUUAUUCGGAUCAGUAUUUGUUGAUUUCGGCGACAAGUUUCAGGUGUUCGAUCCCACCGGAGAAGAGCCUCAAUCGGGUAUCAUCUCUGCCAUUGAGCCUGAUGGAACUGUAGCUGCAUUAGAUGAGACUCGUCAUGGGCUAGAAGAUGGCGACUGGGUCAAGUUUACUGAAGUUGAAGGCCUAGAAGCACUCAAUGAUGGCCAACCCAGAGAAGUUAAGGUAACCGGUCCAUAUACAUUUAACAUUGGCGAUGUUUCGGGCUUGGGAUCUUAUGUCAAGGGAGGUAUUUUCACUCAAGUCAAGAAACCUUUGGAAUUGAGUUUCCAGUCACUGGCUGAUCAACUAGCCAAGCCAGAGUACUUGGUUACCGAUUUCGCCAAGUUUGAUCGACCUGCUCAAUUGCACAUUGGUUUUUUGGCACUUCAUGGAUUUGCCAACCAACAUGGUGGUGAGCUCCCUAGACCAUAUAACAAGGAAGAUGCUAACCAGGUGGCUCAUCUAGCCAAGAGCGUUGCUGCUCAAUAUCCCGAAGUGUUGGGUGAGACGGCGAUUGAUGAGGAUUUGAUCCGCAAGUUGAGUUUCCAAUCGCGAGGUGAUUACGCACCUUUGGCCGCUGUUUUUGGUGGGUUGGUUGCUCAAGAAGUGCUUAAAGCUUGUUCCGGUAAGUUUGUGCCAGUGCGUCAAUUCAGUUACUUCGACUCACUUGAGAGUUUGCCAUCGAAGGAGGAAAUCACUGAAGAAGACGCUGCACCCUCUGGAUCUCGAUACGACGGUAAUGUUGCUAUAUUUGGUAAGAAGUUUGUCGAGAAGCUGCGUAAUUUGAAGGUGUUUUUAGUUGGUUCAGGUGCUAUUGGCUGUGAAAUGUUGAAGAACUGGGCUUUAUUGGGAGUUGGUUCUGGUCCUGAAGGACGAAUUAUCGUAACUGAUAAUGACUCAAUUGAAAAGAGUAAUCUUAAUCGACAAUUCUUGUUCCGUCCUAGUGAUGUUGGUAAGCAAAAGUCGUCGGUUGCUGCAGCUGCUGUAGUCAAGAUAAACCCUGACUUGAAGGGUAAGAUUGAGGCAAGAAGUGACAAGGUCGGUCCUGAAACCGAAGAUAUCUUUAAUGACAAGUUCUGGAACUCGCUCGAUUUCGUUACUAAUGCUCUUGAUAAUGUCGAUGCUCGUACAUAUGUCGAUAGACGAUGUGUUUUCUUCCGCAAGCCUUUGCUUGAGUCUGGUACUUUGGGCACUAAAGGUAAUGUGCAAGUGGUGUAUCCCGACUUGACCGAAUCAUACUCUUCUUCUCAAGAUCCUCCUGAGAAGAGUAUCCCAUUGUGUACAUUGAGAAGUUUCCCCAACAAGAUCGACCACACUAUUGCUUGGGCCAAGAGUUUGUUCCAAGGAUACUUUGUCGACUCUGCUGAGAAUGUCAACUUGUAUCUUAGCCAACCGAACUUCGUUGAGAGCCAUCUCAAACAGUCUGGUGAUCAAAAGACCAUUUUAGAGACCAUUUACUCGUUCUUGGUCUCCGAUAGACCACUCACUUUUGAACAGUGUAUCGCAUGGGCCAGAUUAGAAUUCGAGAAGAAGUUCAAUAAUGAUAUCCAACAGCUUCUUUACAACUUCCCUAAAGAUGCAGUGACUUCAACCGGCACUCCAUUCUGGAGCGGACCUAAGCGUGCACCAACUCCUCUCAAGUUUGAUAUCAAUAACGAAGACCACUUCAACUUCAUUGUUGCUGGUGCCAAUCUUCACGCUUUCAACUAUGGUCUAAAGAGUGAUGUCAGUACUCGUGAAGAAUACACUAGAGUUUUGCAAACCAUCAGUGUUCCUGAAUUCAAGCCUCGCUCUGGUGUGUCUAUCCAAGCCAACGAUAACGACCCAGUCCCCGAGGCUAAUCUUGGCGAUGAUCAAGACGAAAUUCAGAAGCUCGCUCAAAGCCUGCCACCACCAGCUUCCUUAGCCGGAUUCAGACUCAUUCCCGUUGAGUUUGAGAAGGAUGAUGAUACCAACUACCACAUUGAUUUCAUCACUGCCGGAUCUAAUUUGCGUGCCUUGAACUAUGGCAUCGACCCUGCUGACAAAUCCAAGACCAAGUUUAUUGCCGGCCGUAUCAUUCCCGCUAUUGCAACUACUACUUCACUUGUCACAGGUCUUGUUUGUUUGGAGCUUACCAAGGUUGUCGAUGGUGAGAACAAGACUAUUGAAGAUUUUAAGAACGGAUUCAUCAACCUGGCCCUUCCUUUCUUUGGAUUCUCUGAACCAAUUGCUUCUGCCAAGAUCAAGUACAACGACAAGGAGAUUGACAAGAUCUGGGGUCGUUUCGACGUCCACAAUAAAGACAUCACUCUUAAGGAGCUUAUUGAACAUUUCAAGACUGAAGAAGGUCUUGAAAUCAACAUGCUCUCGACCGGAACCACUCUACUGUACGCUAGUUUCCAUCCCGCAAGCAAGAAGAAGGAACGUCUCGGACUCAAGCUGCGUGAUCUCGUCGAACAAGUCAGCAAGAAACCCAUCCCUCCUCACACUGAAACGAUGAUCUUCGAAAUCGUCGCUGACGACAGCGAGGGUGAGGACGUCGAGGUCCCCUUCAUCACUCUCCACUUGUAA